AUGGCAGAUCACUUCGGAUCACAACCCUCUGACGUCAUAACCAUGAAAGUAACCACCACACCGGCAGCACAUUUAGCUUUCACCAACUUGGCUUUCUGUUCACCUUCUGAUCUCUCUCAAUUCGCCGUUCCCGGCACCAAUCUCUUCCUUGCCAACGUCGCUGACGUCUUCACUCUCUCCUUCAUCCAAGAUGGAGUUAUUGCUCUUAAUGCUGUUCAACGUAGACAUGCUCGUGUUUCUGCUGAUGACAUGGUAACCGUCACCAGAUUCGUACCUCCUGAAAAAUUUGACCUGGCUUUGCUGGAACUUGAGUUAGAAUUUGUGAAGAAGGCUACUAAACAAGAACAGGUUGAUGCUGUGCUCCUUUCAACCCAACUCAAGAAGAAAUUUAAUUGUCAGGUCUUUACAGUAGGCCAGAGAGUUACAAUUGAGUUUCAUGGAACCAAUUACAUUCUUACUGUCAACCGAGCUGUUGUAGAGGCUGAUGAGAACCAAACAAAUGGUAUCGAAAGAGGGAUGAUCUGUAACAAUACCUAUCUUGUGUUUGAAGCAUCAAACACAAGUGGUAUAAAGAUUAUCAACCAAAGAGAGGCUGCUACUAGCAAAAUAUUUAAAGGAAAUGAGUUUAACCUUCAGUCUCUAGGCAUUGGUGGCUUAAAUGCAGAGUUUGCUGAUAUAUUCAGAAGAGCAUUUGCUUAUCGUACAUAUCCUGCUCACCUCAGGAACAGAAUUGGGGCAAAGCAAGUUAAAGGGAUGCUUCUUUAUGGACCUCCUGGUACUGGCAAGACCUUGAUGGCACGCCAAAUUGGAAAAAUGCUUAAUGGAAAGGAGCCAAAGAUUGUGAAUGGUCCUGAGGUGCUAAGCAAGUUUGUUGGUGAGACAGAAAAGAAUGUCAGAGACCUGUUUGCCGAUGCUGAGAAUGACCAGAGAACCCUUGGUGAUGAUAGUGAGCUGCAUGUCAUUAUUUUUGAUGAAAUUGAUGCUAUAUGUAAGUCAAGAGGAUCAAGCAGGGAUGGUACUGGUGUCCAUGACAGUAUUGUAAACCAGCUCCUGACCAAGAUAGAUGGUGUGGAGGCCUUGAACAAUGUUCUACUUAUUGGAAUGACAAACCGGAUGGAUAUGCUUGAUGAAGCUCUUCUAAGACCUGGAAGGUUAGAAGUUAAGAUUGAGAUUGGUCUCCCUGAUGAAACUGGACGUUUAGAAAUUCUUCAUAUUCAUACAAAAAUGAUGAAUGAAAAUUCUUUCCUUGCUCCUGAUGUUAAUCUCCAAGAGCUUGCUGCUCAGACGAAGAACUAUAGUGGUGCUGAGCUUGAAGGUGUUGUGAAAAGUGCAACUUCAUAUGCUUUGAACAGACAUUUGAAUAUGGAAGAUCUUUCAAAACCUGUGGAUGAAGAGAACAUUAAAGUUACAAUGUUAGAUUUUCUUCAAGCAUUACGUGAAGUUAAACCUGCAUUUGGAACCUCACCAAAGGCCCUUCAAAAUUGCAGACCCAAGGGAUUCGUAGAUUGUGGUGAUCGACAGAAUCUCAUUUACAAAAGAAUCAUGUUUCUUGUUGACCAAGUUUCAAACGAAACAAGUCCUCCGGUCACUUGCCUUCUUGAGGGACCAAGUGGAAGUGGAAAAACUGCACUAGCUGCGACCAUUGGCAUGAACAGUAACUUCCCUUAUGUUAAAAUAGUCUCAGCAGAGACCAUGGCGGGUCUUCAGGAGAACACAAAAGCUGCACGCAUUGCCAAGGUCUUUGAGGAUGCAUACAAGUCACCAUUAAGCAUUGUGAUCCUUGACAAUAUUGAAAGGUUGUUGGAAUACUCAGAAAUUGGACCACGUUUUUCAAACACGAUCUUUCAAACAUUGUUAAUAUAUCUCAAUAAGCUUCCCGAAGAGGGGAGAAAACUUUUUGUACUUGGUACAACAAGUGAAAAAAGGUUCUUGAAUGCUGUUGGUUUACGUAAAGUAUUUUCUGUCACAUACUCUGUUCCAUUACUUGGGACUGAAGAUGCAAAGAAGGUGCUGAAGCAAUUAAACGUGUUCUCAGAGGAUGAUAUCGAAGUGGCUUCCAAAGCCCUUAAUGAUAUUCCAAUCAAGCAGCUCUACUUUCUUAUCGAAAUGGCAGCACAAAGAGAUGGCAAGCCUAAGGAGACGAUCUACACUAGAAAGGAGAAACUGAACAUAAGUCACUUCUUUGAUUGCCUUAAGGAAGUUACAGAAAGUUAGCAUACAGUAAUUAAGUUAAGAAACUCUCAUAUUUGAUGUGUUGUAAUGAAAUUG